AAUCACGCCGCUUCCUGCCACGACACUGCCGUAUUGAACGUUUAAUUGUACCACUCGGAAGACGGGCUCAUUGGAAGCACAAUGUUCUCAACUCUGGCACCCAGAUCUGCGGCCCUCAAAGGUCAAGGCAGACUCAAACCAUCAUGCAAUUCUUUGUUGCUAACUCUCUCUCUCUCUCUCUCUCUCUCCACAUUAUUCCACUUUACGAUGAGAAUCUAAAGUACUCCACAUAGCUUCACUCGCUAGCCCGUUCUUCAUACACCAGUUCAUAUUCCCCACCCUCAUCUCUUUAAAUCAAACAUGAAUCUUCUGCUUCGACAAAUCUGGGCGCUAAUACGCAAAAACCUUCUCCUUAUUUGCGCGAGAAGACCUAUCUCGACCUUCAUCAGGGCAAUCGCUAUUCCACUUGUCGUCGUGCUCGUCGUUGCCUACAGCAAGAACUUCUUCUCCUCUAAUCAAACGUGGGGAUUUUCCGGGCAGCAUAAUAUACGAUCUCUCAAAGAUGGGCUUGAAGCAAGUUCCGGGCACAACGUCGUUGGUUUUGUGGAUAACGGCAUGACCGGGGGGGCAGUUUCGUCUGUUAUCGAUUCUCUAUCCCGGACUGUCCGUGAUUCGGGAAGAAUUGCAAGGGUUUACAAGAAUACUAAGGACAUGUCGAAAGAUUGCGCCAGCAAUGUAAAAGGAGUAUCCCCCUGCUAUGGCGCAGUUGUGUUUCUCUCCAGUCCGGACGAGGGGAGUGCGAGUAGUGACAAAGGAGUUUGGAAUUAUACGAUUCUUGGAGACGACAGAGCCUCGGGCAGCAAAUUUGUCAACGUUAAGAAUGAUAAAAAUGGCCCUGAGGUGUAUUUGCUUCCCUUCCAGCGCGCUGUCGACAUGGAAAUCAUCUCACGGUCAACUUCGAACAAUGCCUCUGCACUUCCAUCGACAAGCGACCUGGUCUACACCUACUGGGACCAAAGCGAUCUUGACCAGCAAAGAGAGAGUAAUUAUCUUGCCCUCUGCAUCUACAUAUUUGGAGCCAUCUUCUCUCUUGCCAUGCUGGGCGUGGUUUACCACAUGACGUCUUUUGUUGCUUCCGAGCGUGAAAGAGGCUUGUCCGGCCUUAUCGACACCAUGAUACCUGGAGGAUCCAAGUUUCGAGCGAGAUUCCUACGAAUUGUUUCAACAUACUGUUCCUUUGCUGUUGUAUACUUUCCAAGCUGGCUCGCAGUAGGGAUUGUGAUAUCAAAGGUAGUGUUUCCCAAGACAUCACACAACAUCCCGGUUGGCUACCACAUCCUCUCAGGCCUAGCCUUUUGUUCAUUUUCUCUCUUCGGAUCCUCGUUCUUCAAGAAAGCUCCGCUCAGUGGUUCGAUAAUGAUCGUAAUCAUCUUUGUUUUUGCCAUUCUCCCGCAAGUUCUCCAAAAACAAACAACAGCACAGGUUGUGAUUUUCAGUCUUCUUUUCCCUUCUGCGAACUAUACAUACUUUAUCACCGGUCUAGCAUUAUGGGAAUCCGUGGAACUGAAGGCCGAUAUAAUGCAGCACACUGAAGACGAUGACGCUUGGCGCAUCAAACUGUAUUUGCAUUUGGUUUUCCUUUGCGUUCAAAUUAUCGUCUACCCCAUUUUGGCCUUCUUCUUGGAGCAUUUUCUGUUCGGCACCGCGUCUCCUGGACGUGGUUUCUCUAAACCUAGUGCCUCGGAUGCUCCUACAGUUACAUUAUCUGGCUUCUGUAAGACUUACAAACCGAAUCUCCUGAAAACAAUCUUCAAGGCAGCGAAACCUGUUCCCGCGGUUGUAAAUAUGGAUUUGAAGGCCUUCAAAGGCCAAAUCCUGUGUCUUCUAGGCCCAAACGGUAGUGGGAAGUCUAGCACACUCAACUCCCUCGCGGGCCAGCUCAAGGUCACUUCUGGGAAAAUCACCAUUGAUCCUACGGGUGGUCUUGGUUUCGCUCCGCAGAAUAACGUACUUUGGGACGACUUGACUGUCGAAGAGCACAUUCGCAUCUUCAGUGACCUGAAAUGCAUUGCUCCGGUAAAUGAAGAGGUUGUCGCAGAGCUAGUAAAAGCUUGCGACCUAGAAAACAAGCUUCCUUUUAGAGCGAAGACCCUUUCUGGGGGCCAGAAGCGAAAACUACAACUAGCAGCCAUGUUCGCCGGUGGUUCAAGUGUGUGCUUAGUUGAUGAAGUUUCCACGGGGCUAGAUCCAAUCUCAAGAAGGAGAAUUUGGGAGAUUCUCCUCGCAGAGCGUGCCAGACGAACCAUAAUCAUGACGACCCACUUCCUUGACGAGGCUGAUUACCUAGCCGAUAAUAUCGCAAUAAUGUUCAAGGGGUCGCUUAAGGUAGAGGGCACCUCGGCGACCUUGAAGAGCACAUUCGGAAAUGGAUUCACGGUGAAGCUCCCUGAGAACGUCGACAUCGACAUUCCACUCUCUGGUCCUGUGGAGAAGGAAGCGUCGAGGCACCAGAUGGUUUAUCGAGUCUCCACGGCAGCCAUUGCUGCAGAGCUCAUAGAGCAUCUAGACCGAAACAAGAUACGUAAUUACCAGGUGUCUGGUCCUACGAUGGAGGAACUAUUUCUCAAAGUUACCGGGGAUAAGAUCUCAGACGAGAGUUCAUCAAUGUCUGGUGAACGAGACGACACUGAAACGCGUGGAGCUCUCAUGGCCACCGAUACAAGUAGCGGCUACGCUCUCAGAGAAGGCAGACCAAUAUCUGUUUUUCUACAGUGGUGGCUCCUGUUCUGCAAAAGAUUUCGCAUUCUCAAACGUCGCUACAUCCCUUAUUUUUUUACAAUUGUUAUUGCCAUCGUUGGCGCUGGGGUCGCUCCCUUGCUCAUCAAGAGCUUCAAUAAGCCCAUGCAAUGCCCCCAACCGGCAGAUCUCGUGGUAGAUUAUAGCUUCAGGAGUGACCUUUCGUCAUUCUCCACCUACGCUAAAUUGCUUUUUGGACCAGCAAAUGCUCUAAACGACGAAAAACUAGCGCAAAUCGCGGAAGUUUAUUCGACAAAACGCACUCGAUACCCUACAUACUAUGGUUUCAACAGCACCGAACAGCUAAGAGAACUGUUUACACCAGUUGACACAUACGAUGAAUUUUCCAAGUACUUUGAAGCGAACCAUACCAGAUACUCUACUUGGGGUGGUAUUUGGGUUGGGGACAAGCCAACCAUUGCUUUCAAUGUCUGGGAAGCCAACUCCGGAGUCAAAUUCAACAAUUUGAUAAACAACUACCUAAGCAAUGUGCCGAUCUCCGCAGGUUACGGAGAGUUCCCUUUCACCCAGCUUCCCAGCGUAUAUGAUAUCAAACCUUUGAUGUUUAUGCUGUAUUAUGGGCUAAUCAUGGCUAUAUACCCUGCUUUCUUCGCGUUAUAUCCGACCAACGAGCGAAUAUCAAAUGUGCGAUCGAUGCAGUACUCCAACGGCAUCCGGCCUUUCCCAUUGUGGCUCUCACACCUUGCGUUUGAUACCCAGGUCAUAUUGGUCGUUAGCGUUGUCGGCAUCGCUUUGCUGUCUGCAUCGACUCCAGUCUGGUACGGCCUGCCACUGCUUUGGGUGGUCAUGUUUCUCUUCGGCAUCUCUUCGACUCUGAUAAGCUACUUGGUUUCCAUGUUUGCAAAGUCCCCUGUUGCAGCUUGGUUCGUCGUGGCAAUGUAUAACAUUGUGAUGUAUUUUGCAUACUUUGGGGCAUUGAUCGGAACCCAAAGCAAGUUCGCAUUCCAGGAACUUGAGAAUAUCAACGACAAGGUGUAUUUCCCGCUGGCUCUAAUUUCCCCGAUAGUAAGCUUGGAGAAGGCUUUUGCUGUUGGAUUAGGCCAAUUUGGAUUCUUGUGCAAUGGGCACUCUGGAGGAUCGCUCAGUCUGUAUGGAGGACCGAUAUUGUACCUCCUCAUUCAGGCUAUCCUGUGCUUCGCGCUCUUGCUUUGGUGGGAUAGCUUCUUUCCGCGGCCGUCUUUCCUACGCAGAUCUCGCAAACCAGUCGGAGAUUCAGAAACUUCGAUGCAUUCCGCGGAUCUGAUGGAAGAACUUCAACGCCUACAAUCAAAGUCGACUGAUCUUAAGGUUGAGACCGUCACUAAGUGCUUCGGUAGGAACCUCGCAGUUGACAAUGUAACAUUCGGUGUCCAAACAGGCGAGAUAUUUGCUUUACUUGGGCCAAACGGAGCCGGCAAGUCUACAGUUAUCAGCAUGAUCCGCGGCGACAUAAAACCAUCUACUCGUGAGUCCAACUUAGUUGUGGCAGGUCACUCCGUUCUCACAGACCCAAUCUCUGCCCGCUCCAGCUUAGGUGUAUGCCCGCAAUUUGAUUCCGCAGAUGUCCUCACUGUUACCGAAACCCUUCGCUUCUUCGCAAAAACUCGUGGAGUGAAAGACAUCGCCCACAACGUCAGCACCGUUAUUACGGCCUGCGGUCUCGAACCUUGGGCCGACCAACUCGCGCAGAAGCUCUCCGGUGGCACUAAACGCAAACUAUCCCUCGCCGUCGCUCUGGUUGGAAACCCCCGUGUGCUAGUUCUCGAUGAGCCUUCUUCAGCACUCGACGCGAAUGCUAAGCGCAACAUGUGGCGUAUCCUCCAAGGCGUUAGCAAAGGCCGUGCUGUCGUUCUAACCACACAUUCAAUGGAGGAAGCGGACGCAAUUUCAGAUCGCAUUGCCAUUAUCAGUUCAAGAAUGCUUGCCAUAGGUGAGCGGGAAGCGCUGAAACGUCGGGCAGGCAAUAAUUUCCACCUCCACCUUGUUUCUCGAUCAGCUCCCCGCACUUCAAACCAGGAACUCCAAGUAAUGAAGGACUGGAUUCAGUAUACAUUCCCGACUGCGACUAUAUCUCGUGAGACUCAAGGCGGCCAACUUAGGUUUGAAAUCCCAGCCGAGGGACACAAUUUGGUAGGAUUGAUCCGAACAUUGGAAGCCUGCAAGGGCGACCUAGGUGUCGAAUUUUAUAGCGUAGGAAAAGCAACGCUUGACGAGGUGUUUGAGAAUAUUGUGAGGAGGUAUGGGGAUGAAAGAGCUGGUGAGAAGUAAGAAUUGCGGUUUCUCUGGGUUUGAUAAAGGAAGGUGAUUUCCUACCUUGUAUAAUAUAAGUCGGGUCGUUUCGUUCCUAGGUUAGAAGCUUAGCUAGGC